CUUUCUUCCUGGGGCGGAGAUCUUCACUGCUGUGCUCUUCAUCCUCAGCUAUGCUGCAUGUACCCGAAUCCAAGUUCCUCCUUUUCACAUGCCAUUGCCAUCCAUUAUUAUGAGGAUUUAGCUUCCAAUUGUGGUCGUUGGUGCGCCUCCUCGCUGCUGCCCCCUCCGGACCUGCCUUCCGCAGCUUCUCGCCGUACAGCCUCCCGUGCGCCGCUUCAUACUCAUUGGGCUUCCAUCGGAUCUGUCCGGAAUCCCCUGGCACUACGGUAUCCUGUAGAUAGCUAUCCCAACCCUGGCCUAACGCACCCGACGUCCCUGCUCGAUCCAUUGAGCCUUCUCCUCGGUCUCUUUCCCCUCUGUCAAUGGCUUCGUUGUGGUUAUUGAUGACUCGUUGUUGUUCUCCUCUGAGUUGAUUCUGCUCCUUAUCAUCCUCUGGUGGCUUAUCUCGGGCCUCUGUUUCCGCCCUCUCAGACGGAUUCAUUGUCCAUUGUCUCCCCAGGUCAUUCCCCGCUGCCAUCGCUGCCAGUUGAUGAGCUAGCUUGUUGCCUUCCCUUGGAGUCCAGGUAGCUCCUACAUCUGGAGCAUCUUCCAGCAAUUGGAGAAUGUCACGAAAGAUUGCAUCCGCCUCCGCUAUAGGCAUUUUUUACUUGAUUGCCUGAACCAAAGUCCCGUAAUGACUUUACCCUGCCAGUCCCUGACUACCACUGCUAGAGCUGCGAUACCUGUUUCCUUUUGGAAAGCUGCGUCUGUGUUCACUUUGACCCAAUUCCUAGGCGGAGGUCUCCAGAUUUUCUUUGUCAAAAAUCUGACAAUCCAAAUUGGUUACAAGUUCUCAAGCUUGCAUCAAACAACUUAUCAGGAAGAAUUCCCAACUGCUGGAGAAUGUGGCCAGAACUAGUGGAAGUCAACUUAGAAAGCAACUGUUUUAUUGGAAGCUUACCUUCUUCCAUGGGCUCCUUAUCAAACCUACAACAAUUGCGAAUCCGCAAUAACACACUCUCUGGAAAAUUUCCUGCCAGUUUAAAGAGAAACAGGGAAUUGAUUUCAUUGGAUCUUGGAGAGAAUAAUCUCACAGGAGAUAUUCCAGCAUGGGUUGGAGAAAGGCUAACAAAUUUAAAAUUUCUUCGGCUUCGAUCCAACCAUCUUUCAGGAAACAUUCCCAACACAAUAUGUGGUAUGGAGUCUAUCCAGGAUUUGGACCUUGCAAGAAACAAAUUGUCAGGCAAUAUUCCAAAUUGUUUGAACCACUUGAGUGCCAUGAUAAAUAAAGUGGGUGAAAUUAGCGAAACUCUAUCCAGUGUCUUCGUGAAUAAUGCUAUCAUUAGCAUGGUCCUGUGGGUGAAAGGAAUGGAUAUUGAGUACAGCAGUACUCUGGGCUUAGUGAAAAACAUUGAUCUUUCAGCCAAUAAAUUGUCGGGAGGAAUACCAAUGGAAAUCACAGACUUGUCUGGUUUGGUUUAUUUGAACUUGUCCAAGAAUGAAUUAACUGGUCACAUCCCUCAAAGUAUUGGCAAUAUGGAGUCAUUGGAAUCCAUUGAUUUCUCUGGCAACCUACUCACAGGGGAUAUCCCUCAGAGCAUUACAAACUUGAGCUUUCUCAACAAGCUCGACUUGUCCUACAAUCACUUGGAGGGUCAAAUCCCAACAGGCACUCAAUUGCAAACCUUUGAAGCAUCCAGUUUUGUCGGCAACAAUCUCUGUGGUCCACCAUUGCAGCUUAGCUGUACAAUUCCUGAUGAUGAUGCAAAUGACAGUAGUGAGAAAGAGAGAAAGAAGCACAAUGGAGUGAAUUGGUUCUUUGUGUUUAUGGCUUUUGGAUUUAUUGUGGGAUUCUGGGGAUUUGUUGGUCCAUUGUUCAUGUUCAAAUCAUGGAGGUAUGCCUAUUUCCGUUUUCUUGAUGACAUGGGCUACAAACUUCAAUCAUGUUUGGGAUUUUAAGUUUGUAAUGAGUUUCUUUCGUGAUGUAUUCUUGUUUUAUGUGUGCUGUAAGAAAUAAAUAAAAAUCAAUAUGCACUACUUGUCCAGCUUGUUUAAAAGUCUGUCAAUAAAAAUGAAUGUUUCUCUUUUUCUUCUAAUUUUCAAAUGGAUAUCAGGGAAGUUUGCUAAGUAAUUUUAGAUAUCUUGAAGCUAUGAUAUAGCAGAGAGAAAACAGAGAAGACAGUAUCAGAGUUUAACAUGCCAGAGUUGGAGAUAGUUCUGCAUUUGUACCUAAGCAAUGCAAUUUCAACUCAACAAGAUUUACCUGUACAACAAAUGAGGGCACAAAAAUAACGAUGCAAUAAUAAUGUUGAAGUAAAUAAUAACUGUGAAAGCUUGGCAUACCUACCUAUUUUAGUUGACUUGAUAUUAUAAAGCCAUUACAAGAU